AUGAAGUUUUGGGUUAAGGCCAUCACCGACCAUAAUGUUCAAGAACAGCUUCUUGUGAAGGCGAGUAAUUCGCUGGAGCUUAUGAUGGAGCUUGGCAGACUUCUCAACACCCACGUCACGUGGAUGUCGGUCUCCGAUUUUCAGACUCAGGUGGUGGAGAAGCUCAACAAUGGGGCUGAAAUUCUUACAGUGAAAGUCGUCACGUCAAAAAUGGCGGGGCAGCUAUGCGAUGGGGAGACUAGUUUCACAGGCAUCGAGCCGUACAUACAGCACCCAGCACCAGCCCAGGCGGAGCAUUCGCAAGUGUCAUGCAAAGAGGAUGAAGACUGGCCAUUUUCGUUGCGGAGUCCAUGUGUUUCGGAGAGGAGAGCAAAUGCUCGCCCCUCCACGGCAUGUCAGUCACUGCUUAUAACCCCGCCAGUGGAUCAGAUUUGUCUUACUCGCAACGACCUUGAGCUGAUCCUACACUCUUUACACGCUGGAGCCUACGCUGAUGUAGUCUCUGGAUGCUUUGUUCGUAUUCGUGAGAGGAAAGAGUACGCCCUGUAUCAAAUUAUACGUAUAUCCAAUAGUGUAAACUUGUUACUGGAUAUGAUUCACUACGAGGAAGUACGUCCAUUGGAGGCGGUGAGUAAUGCCCCUCCGGUGACUAAGGAAGUGAACACGUGGAGUAAGAAGAUGAUAUCAGCGUCUAGGCCCUUCAUGGCCCCAGGGUUUGUUGAGGCUAAGUUGGGCGAUCUUGAUUCGCUGCUGCGAGCUGCGCGAACCGCGCUGCAGGAUCAAGUCGUUCAGACAGGCACCUUUACUUCUCCGACUCCCCCUGCCGUUGGUAGAGACCCGCAAGGACGACGAAGACACCUAAGUCUGUUUGCGCGUUCCCGCAUGUAUCCGUACUUCUCUCUCGGGCGACUUGUUCUUAAGAUCAAUGAUGUUCUUUUGCAUGCGCAGAUUCAUAUUAUUGAGGAACCUGAAGCUGACAGCUUUGAUUUUGUUCUCUUUGCGACCCGGCACAGCAACAGUGGGAGUGAAAAAGUCCGUCUCUCAGAUUUUGCUGGUUGUAUGAUUGAGCUAAACAAAGGCGGCGAGUCACCAGUGAUGGUGAGUGACCGGGACAUGACAGUCAAGGGGUAUGAGGUGUUUUGUGCUCCGCAGAAGUGGGAUUGUCAGUAUGUGGCGUUAGGGCGAAUUCAACCAUCCUUCGACAAUGUUCCCUACUUUGAUGAGAGUAAAAAAUACGUCCAGAAAUUUACGGUACUCACUGGAAGGUUUUUAACGGGCUUAUUUAACCUCCCGACGAGCACGGCGCUUCCCAUUCCAACAUGGGCGCAGACGGAGGGGGUUUCCGCGCGCAUUAUACGUCCUCACCUUGUGGUGCAUAGAGAGCAGUUACAUGUGUUUUACCUUGUUCGCAUUGUGGCUUCGCAUCCGCCGCUCAGUUCCAACUCGUCUCGAGUGUGGGGAGGCAGUUUAUUGGGCGGGGUUAACGUGAGUGGAGAUGGUGCCUCCAUUGGAAACGGUUCCGGGGACGAUAAGAAUGCGGCAGAUGCUGCCACAACCUCCAUCGGUAAUGUUUCAUACGAGGGCAGUUUUGCCGAAAAUUCCGUAGCUGGAGUUUGCCGCUACGGCCUCGCUCAUGCGGUCUCCACAGAUCCAAAGCUGCGUACAUGGAAGUUGCUAACCGAAAAGGAGCCCCUAUUUCCAUAUUCUCAUUUUAUGCCCGUCUUCACUGCAGCCUCUAUCUCCCCGUUCCCUGUAGUACGUGAUUCUGAGGAUGUCGCUUCUACACCGUUGAAGACUGGGGAGAAGGUGCUUCAACUUCUUUGGCACGAGGAGGACUUUGCCUCGCGGCAAGCGGCAGCCUCCACGCAUCGUUAUUCCCGUAAUUUUUUGUCGUUGAGUCCUAACAAUAGUAAUCGUGUUCUUUUACCCUUUGAACACUUAGUAAACACUCACGAGGAGGCGUUGCCGGAGCAUUGGGUGCAAGAGCCGUGCUACUCUUCCAUGCGCACGGAUGUGGAUUCCCUCAGGGUUGGCGUUGCCUCGCUUUCCUUGUGUGAGCACGACGGUGCCACGUUUGCGGCCUGUGUGCAACAAGAUGUCCAUCAAAAUUCCACACUAACGGUGCUGCCCGUGAUGAAUGGGUCAUAA